AUGGACCCCGCGGCACAGCAGGACAGCACACAAUGUCCAUCGCAGCCAGCGUUCCCAGGAAUCCUCACCUUUGUCGCGGCAAUCGUCGCGGCGGCUUACGUCAGAAUCACGUAUCUGCGCAACAGCGACGACGAGUACCCCCUGGCCAGGGCCUCCCUGUCCUGGUCCAAGACCGAGUCCGCGUGGCUCUCGGGCCUGGUCAUCUCGUGCCCGAGAGUCGGGGCCAUGGCCUGGCUACCGGUCCGCCCUAAGGAGCUGGAGCUAGUUCGGCGGAGGGAAGCCCUGACGGCGCGGGUGCAGUUCACGCAAAUGAGCAUGAUUCCUUCGUAG